AUGGAUGGUCGACGUCUUUCACCACUGCCUUCUGACAAUCCUCAGCCAGAUUAUUUCGAGGAGCCAGGAAAACAAUCUCCCCAAUAUGCGCAUGACGGAGAAAUUCCCAUUCAUGGGGAGUCACAACCCGCUCUACAUUCGGACCUCGUCCCGGUAACCUCAGAUGAAUCCGGAUCCAAUGCUCAAGGUCAAAAACGACGAACAAACGCCGAAGCAUCGCGAAGGUAUCGUGAUAAGCUAAGCGAUCUACGACGGAAGAUUUACACCUUGAAGCAGUGGAUUACUGAACAGAAUGAAGAUCCACAAGGUCCAAUCUCCAAAGAAAAAAGACCCGAUAAAAUGAGUACCUUAGAAUUAAAGAAGGAGUCUUCCUUUCUGCAGUCAAGAGUUCGGGCAAUCUUUAUUCGCAAGUUACAAGUAGAAUCUAAAUGGGAGCCGUGGAUGGAUUCAUUGACACUCCGGGAACUGAGGAACAAAGCGUCCGAAACGAUUUCACGUGGGUUUGCAAACGGCGAUGCAUCCUUCAGCGAGGAAGUUAUGAACAACAGAGAGAACCGAUAA